CCCCGACGCCAGGGCCAAUCGCCUGGGCUUCACCUUGGUCUGGACCCUGAGGCGGACUCCCCCACAGAUGAUGCUCCAGCUGUAGCGCUCACCAAAGUUGAACUGUCCGACAGAAAAAGGAGCGUCGUGGUUCUGGUCCCUUUCAGCCAGACGACGGCCAUCCUUCACCUGAGCAUGUCAGCCCUCUGCUUGUGAUUUUCCUGGAGGAGAGUGGAAAUCGGAUUGCCUGCUUUGCACCUUAAGCGACACCUUUUGGAGCCCUGUUUGCUGCGCUGCUUGGCGUUGACCCUGUCCUAGCCGCGGUUGGUCCUGCCUGCAUCUUAUGUUUCUUUAUCUGUAAAUCAUUUCGACAGUCCGUGUUGUAAAUGUGUGGCAUUUUGCUGCUUUACUGCUUCUUUCUGGGAAAAAGUCCAGCACUGGCUGAUACCGGCGGAGAGAAGCGACUGAGCCCUGAGAAGAGUGAAAUAUGGGGACCUGGGCUGAAAGCGGAUGUCGUGCUUCCAGCCCGCUAUUUCUACAUCCAGGCAGUGGAUGCAUCAGGCAAUACAUUCACAUCUUCCCCAGGUGAAGAGGUGUUCCAGGUUAAAAUCUCAGCACCCGAUGAGCAAUUCACUAGAGUUGGAGUCCAGGUUUUAGACCGAAAGGAUGGAUCCUUCAUAGUAAGAUACAGAAUGUAUGCAAGCUACAAAAAUCUGAAGAUAGAAGUUAAAUUUCAAGGUCAACAUGUAGCCAAAUCUCCAUAUAUUCUAAAAGGACCAGUUUACCAUGAGAAUUGUGACUGCCCGUUGGAAGACAGUGCAGCCUGGCUACAGGAGAUGAACUGCCCAGAAACCAUCACUCAGAUUCAGAGAGAUCUGGCACAUUUUCCAACCGUUGACCCAGAUAAGAUUGCAGCAGAAAUCCCAAAAAGAUUUGGACAGAGACAAAGCUUGUGUCACUACACCUUGAAGGAUAACAAGGUUUACAUCAAGACUCAUGGUGAGCACGUGGGUUUUCGAAUUUUCAUGGAUGCCAUCCUGCUUUCUUUGACUAGAAAGGUGAAGAUGCCAGAUGUAGAAUUUUUUGUUAAUUUGGGAGACUGGCCUUUGGAAAAAAAGAAAUCCAACUCAAACAUCCAUCCAAUCUUUUCCUGGUGUGGAUCCACAGAUUCCAAAGAUAUUGUGAUGCCGACCUACGACUUGACUGAUUCUGUUCUAGAAACCAUGGGCCGAGUAAGCCUGGAUAUGAUGUCUGUGCAAGCUAACACGGGUCCUCCUUGGGAAAACAAAAACUCCACAGCUGUCUGGAGAGGGAGAGACAGCCGCAAAGAGAGACUGGAGCUGGUUAAGCUCAGUAGAGAACACCCAGAACUCAUAGAUGCUGCUUUCACCAACUUUUUCUUCUUUAAACACGAUGAGAGCCUGUACGGCCCCAUUGUGAAACACAUUUCAUUUUUUGAUUUCUUCAAGCAUAAGUAUCAAAUAAAUAUUGAUGGCACUGUAGCAGCCUAUCGCCUGCCAUAUCUACUGGUCGGUGACAGUGUUGUUCUGAAGCAAGACUCCAUCUACUAUGAACAUUUUUACAAUGAGCUACAGCCCUGGAAACACUAUAUUCCAAUUAAAAACAACCUAAGUGAUCUCCUAGAAAAACUUAAAUGGGCAAAAGAUCAUGAUGAAGAGGCAAAGAAUAUAGCAAAAACUGGACAAGAAUUUGCAAGAAAUAAUCUCAUGGGUGAUGACAUAUUUUGUUAUUAUUUCAAACUUUUCCAGGAGUAUGCUAAUUUACAAGUGAGUGAGCCCAAAAUCCGAGAGGGCAUGGAAAGGGUAGAACCCCAGACUGAAGAUGACCUCUUUCCCUGUACGUGCCAUCGAAAAAAGACCAAAGACGAACUCUAAUACGGAAAAUGCUUUCUAUUCAAACAAUGGUGCUCUGAAGACUUCUUAUGAGAAAAAAGAAUGUUUUUAAAAUAUUCAACAAAUAUGAAAUAUGUUUGUUCAGAUUUUAAAGUGAUGUAUCUUAUGCAGUAUUCCUAUGACUAUUCUUAAAGCAAACAUUUAGAAUUUUAUAAUAAAACCAUCUUUAUGUUAAAGGA